AUGUUUUCGCGCGCUGUCCUGCGAUCUGUGCCCGCCACCAAGCCGGUUCAGGCGCCCCGGCCAGCUGCCCGGCCGGCGCUCCUGAGCAACGCGUUCGCGGGCGCGGAUGUCAAGGGUUUCCGUUCGACUCUCGCCGGCGGGAUUGUCAGCACGGUCUCGGGGACGCAGACGGCGUCGCGCGGAGCGCUGCUGGUGACCUGUGGUGGCCGCAGCCUGGGGUGCACCAAGUUCGGCUCGGCGAGGAAGGUGGCGCGGGUUUCGGGUUUCCGUGCGAGGAUGAAGUCCAAGACGGGGCGCAAGGUGCUCAAGGCGCGGCGUGCGAGGGGGCGCAAGGUGCUCGUGACCACGUCGACGCAGUACUCGAAGCAGAAGGGCAACAAGACCCAGUAA